AGCGCAUCUCCAGAUAAAAACCACGACGUGCUUCACAAGAACAAAAAUAAAUAAAGAUUAGGCCGACAGACAGACAGACAGAUGAUAGAUAGAUAGAUAGAUAGAUAGAUAGAUAGAUAGAUAGAUAGAUAGAUAGAUAGAUAGAUAGAUAGAUAGAUAGAUAGAUAGAUAGAUAGAUACCUAAAUUUUAUUGUUUUUAUUAUUGUUUCCUUAUUCACAACAACACUUAAUUUCCAUCUGGGAUUAAUGAAGCAUUUUCUAACUGGAUUUAUUAAACAAGCACUAAUACUACAUUUAGAGUCAGUGUUUCAAAGAAUUUUAUUUAUGAAAGUAUGAAUUAUGAAAUCGUAUGAAGGUGUGCCCAAACUUCCCAUGCAUGCAAAUAUGUCUCAUAUAAGUCAUAGACCUUUCUUUGUGUUUCAUUUAAAGCAGGAUGCUUGUUUUACCCGUUUGGCAAGUUCGGUUAAAAGUCUGACAAAAGGUAAGGUGAGAAGAACAGCUCAAACAGACGCUUGCUGCUUCACGCUGGACAGCUGUCUGGUUCUCCAGAGGACGAGGAGAUGCUUCACUGGGCUGUGUUUGCUCUGCUGAUCGGCGCUUGUGCCGCUGCAGAAGAACAGAAGAAGAAGGAGAAGGCUCCAUCUCUGUCAAAAGGAUGGGGGAAUAAUAUCAAAUGGGUCAAAAGUUAUGAAGAGGGCCUAGAAGAAAUGACAAAAAGUCAGAAACCAUUGAUGGUCAUCCAUCAUCUAGACAGCUGCCCACACAGUCAAGCACUGAAGAAGGUGUUUGUUGCUGAUAAGGGCAUCCAGAAAAUGGCUAAAGAGGACUUCAUCAUGCUCAACCUGGUGGAAGAGACUACGGACAAAAACAUGGCUCCUGAUGGGUAUUAUGUUCCCCGAAUCUUGUUUGUUGAUCCAACCAGGACUGUCCGGACAGACAUUACAGGACGAUACAGCAACAACCUCUACGCUUAUGAGUCUGGAGACUUGGAGCUCUUGUCUGAAAACAUGAAGAAAGCCAAAGUCCUGAUGCACACUGAACUGUGACGCUGCUCUGCACCGGCUGGACGGAUCCGACGGCUCAACCAUCAGCCGCGAGCCUUCAGGAUUUAUUCCAGACCUCAAUAAAACCAACAGGAAAACUGUUUACGCCACAUUAUCCUGAUUUCCAAACAAGUUCAUUUUGUGUAACUGAACACGAAUAAAUCUGUUUUAAAAUAUGAAA